GUGACGUGCGCUCUCGAUCUUUUUAUCAGGCGUUGUUUCGUCUGCUCCAGCAUCUCAUACGAAAAUACUUGAGUGGAGAAAACACAAAUAUUCUCGAGGAAAAGAUAGAUUUUGUUUUUACAAACUGAUUGUUGGAGCACAUCUUACAGAGGAGAGCAGUAAAAAACAACAAGUGACAUUGUAUGUCUAGCUGAUUUUCAACAGGUUUCGGGGUUGAGCGACAUAUUGCCAAGAUGUACACAAGACACUUAUUGUGUGCUGCUGUCUGCACACUUUUCAUUCUUAUCACACAUGCCCAACAAGACGCAACCGCUUUGUCACCAGGCCCAGCACUGAACGGCGAAGACGAUGACGGGACGUCACCGCCAAAAAUCAUGACACAGUCGGAUCCGUACUUGGUAUUUAUACCCAAAGCACCAGUCGAGAUCGUAUGUCAAGCAGUGGGAAUUCCAGAGCCAGAAUACCGAUGGGAGAAAGAUGGAGAAGAUGUGGAUUUGUCAAAGUACCCGUUAAGAGGUGGUAACUUGUACUUGGCAAAGCCAAGCUACAGGGAAGAAGGCAUAUACAGAUGCUUUGCUCAUAACCAGUAUGGUGUUGCCAUCAGCUCCAAGAUUGAAUUUGUUAUGGCAUUCACGGAUUCCUUUUCAGACGAACAAACCAUCCAUACGUUCACCAGGGGUGAUGCAGCUACCAUCCCUUGCAACAACAGGGAGAGCGUGCCCAAACCCUCUGUUUUCUGGACGGACGACUCCAAUCCAGGUCAGAAGAUCGUGCUGAACAACCGAGUCAGUGUGGAUCCUGAGAACAACCUGCGCUUCUCCAACAUCGCUCUAGAAGACAUGAAGAACUAUCAGUGCAACAUCAAAAACGAUUUGUUGCGUGUACAGCACCUUUCAUCUAUCAAGGAGGUAGUUGUGAGAAAUGUGGAAAACGUUGUUGGCAGGCCAGCGUCUCUUGUGUACACUCCACCAUCAACAGUGGAUGCGUUCCGCACAAAGGAACUCCGCGUCAAAUGCAUGGCUGAGGGAUUCCCUACACCAUCAAUCACUUGGUCCAAGGAGGGUGAGGAGCUGCCAGCUGAACGCACAGAUUAUGAAAGCUAUGGCCAGACUCUUGUCAUCAAAGACAUCAUUGCCACCGAUGCAGGAACCUACACGUGCUCUGCCAGCAAUGGGGAGGGAACUCCGACCAAGUUUUCCACCACAGUCGUCGUAAAGGCUUUCCCAUACUGGGAGAACAAGCCAGAGGACGUGAACGUGGUAAUCAACGACUCAGGUGAACUGGAUUGCCAAGUGGCUGGUGUCCCGCUGCCUGCCGUUACAUGGCUUAUCAACGGUGUACCUUCAGGUGAAGCAGAACCAAAUCCUCGUCGAACCAUCACUGAAGGAGCAGGAAGCGGCCGUGUUUCCAUUGUAGACGCUGUACCAGAAGACAGUGCCGUGUUCCAGUGUGUAGGGAUGAAUGAGUACGGAGAGGUAUCUGCAAGUGGCUUUGUCAAUGUACAGUCUAUCCCAGCCGAAAUAAGCGACGCACCACAGGCAAAUUUUAUAACUGUUGAACAGAAGAGCAUUGAACUUGUAUGUGCCGGGCAGGGAUCACCCAAACCAGUGGUCUCAUGGAUAUUCAAAGGGGAAAAGCUGGAGACUGGUGGUAAAUACGACAUAGUUGAAGAUGGGAAUUCUGCCUUGACGUCUAGCACCCUGCUUGUAACGGGGGCAGUGGUUGACGACAGCGGUGAAUAUACCUGUAGUGUCAGCAACGGCUUCGGUGAAGUACCAGCCUACUCUAGAGUCACAGUCAGAAUGGGCACUAAGAUCAUCAUCGGCCCACAGAAGACAAUCACAGUGGUGGAAGACCAGGACGCCGUCAUCUCAUGUGAGAUAGAACACGACGCUGCUCUCCCCGUUGAGGUCACCUGGACUCGUGACAUCGGAGACGGCCCCCAGGUGUUGGACCUGAAAGUGAGUGGCGGACGCUUCAAGCCGGAGCGCCCUGGCUCGGACAACUUGAAGGUGUUGGAGACCAAAGUGCAGGAUACUGGUCGGUACACCUGUAAGGCAGUUACCUCCAUGGAUGAAGUGGAAGAUUAUGCAGAACUCAGUGUUCAAACUCUUGCCGCAGCGCCGUCCAAUGUGGUCGUUACUCAGCGAGCGGAUGACUCUGAUACGAUGGCCGCACUGGAAUGGGACGUUGGAGACGAUGGUAACUCUCCCAUCACUAAUUUCAUCAUCUCCUACGAGACGGACUGGAGCGACCUCGGAUGGCAAGAGAUGAAAACAAUCCCGGCCGCCUCUACCAAGACCUCGUUGGACCUCUCCCCAUGGGUCACCUAUCGCUUCCGGGUUGUGGCUGUUAAUGCCAUCGGUAACUCCGAGCCUAGUUCACUGUCACAGGAUUAUGUAACCAGCGCUGCAGCACUGACCGAAGCUCCAGAAAAUGUUGUUAUGGAACCCACGGAUCCAGGAAAGAUGAGAGUGGAGUGGCCCGAGGUGCACCCUUAUGAUCAGAACGGUCCUGGAUUCAAGUAUGUCAUCAGAUGGAGAGAGCCUGGAACCGAGGAAUGGCUAACAGAAGAGAUAGACGACUACCAGACCACUAGUUAUGUGAUUGACAGUGGCUCUAACUACAAGGAGCUGGAAGUUGAGGUUAUGUACAAGAACGAUCUCGGCCCUGGGCCAGCAUCGUCUGAAACUGGCUUCACCGGGGAAGGAACGCCGACUGAUUCUCCUAAGAAUAUUCAAGUUAGUGCCGAGGACACCCCUGGAGUGGUUGUGGUAACAUGGGAUGAGAUUCCACCAGAGUCUAUCAACGGAAAACUCCAAGCUUUCUUGGUUUACUACUCGAUGGCGGAUGCUCAAGCUCAGGGCCAGGAGCCAGCAGAAUGUCCCCCUAAUGCUGACUGCCGUGUGAGCGGCCUCACACCCUUCCAGACCUACUCGUUCCAAGUAUCCGUCAAGAAUGGCCAAAAGGAAGGCCCCAAGUCAGAUGCUGUGGUCUUCCAACUUCCAGAAGGACCCGCUGGACCUGUGCUUGACCUGAAGGUACGUGCCUUAUCAGAUCGUCUGUACGUCACAUGGGGUGCACCAGCUCUACCCAAUGGUGUCAUAAGUGGAUACAACUUGAGCUAUUCUGAAGUUGAUGGUGACACAUUGGUUGACACUCAAGUAAAAGAGAUUAAGGGCAAGGAUACGACCAGCUUCAAGAUAUCCGCUAAACCCAGCACGUCUUAUCGCAUCGAGAUCUUUGCCAUCAAUGGAGCAGAAGGAGCAGGUGAUAAGGAAGAGAAGGAGGUUGAUACAAGACCGGGCGGAGUCCCAUUGGAGCCCGUCUUUGGAGAGGGUCAACUAAGCCCUGGCCUUGAGCAAAUCAACGUUACUUUCGUUCAGACAUCCUCAGGCCCUGCUGCCAACAGUUUCUAUGUCCUUUUCAAGGAAGCAAAACCUGACAACAGUACUGACGACGACGAGGCUGAUUUUGUGAAGUCUGGCUCGAUGGAUUUACUGGAUAGCUCUCUACUUAUUGUGAAGGGACUGAAGAGAAACACUGAGUAUGUUAUGCAGAUCGUGGCGGUCAAUGAUGACGGAUCGACCAAAGGACCAAAUCAGAGAGAGAAAACACUAGGCGGAGAAGCUGCAGUAGCUCCUCCUAUCUAUGUGAGAGGAUGGUUCAUUGCUCUACUCAUCAUCAUCGUAGCCUUGUUAUGUAUCCUGUUAGUACUGUGUAUCCUCAAGAGCCAGAGGGGUGGCAAGUACAAUGUGUCUGAUAAGGAGCAGCAGAGGAAAGGAGACAUUGAGAGCACACCUCUCAAGGAUGAUGGAGGAUUUGAGGAGUUCGAUCCCAACAAGGACAAUCCGGACGGUGAGCUCCCAAGAGGGUCACAGGGCAGUCUCCGUGACAGUGAACCAGGCAGCAGUGACACUGACAGCCUGAAGGAAUAUGCCGAUGGUGAACUCGGCAAAUUCAAUGAGGAGGGUUCCUUCAUCGGCCAGUAUGGCGACAAGAAACAGCGACCAGCUGACGAUGGCGAGCAGGGAGGUGCCGCUUACUCAACGUUCGUUUGAGGCAGCCACACCCGUUUCGGAGAAACGCUGUCAACAGAGUAUCUUAUUAAAAUAUGGGCAAAAGGGUAGGGAUUAACCGCCCAUUACUUCUUCUGACCCACCCCCUUUUUAGACAUUUUGAAUGGCUGGAACGUGCUGUGCUGUGUGAUGUGCAGAGAUGUUUGUUCUCUCGAUGGAGACAUGAAAAACGAUGGUUCCACAAGGUCACAUCUCUGAAAUUUCUUAUCCUUCUUUGUUUCCUUGUUGUUUCUUUGUUGUUGUUCUUUUUUAAAACUCAUUUGGCAACUUUGUGCUUGUUAGCUUUUAGAUGAUAAUGUUAAUCAUGAAGGGGUAUCAAAGCAACAUUCCUAGAGAAAACCAAAUCUUUAACCCAAAUUUUUUUGUUUUGGGGACUUGAUUUACCACAACAAAAUUCUUCAAAUUUCUUUCAAGUACCUGGUAAUCCUUAAACAGUUGUCCAAUUUUCUUAGGGUAUUUUUAUUUGUUAUUAUUUGAUGGGAUUUUCCAAAGUACUGAGGAUGCAGUACUAAGUAUGUAAAUUACGGCAAUGAUUUGUGUAAGUGAUACUUCUUUAACCAACACCAAGUCACGUCUGACAAACAUAUCAAUUCCUGAACCUGUAUUUUGUAAAAAAAUAAAAAAUAGACACACAUUCUUUUUUUAGCGUUAAUGUUAGCCGCUGUUCCGGCAGGCAUUUAUGAUUAUUUUGUAUUUAAAUGUUAACCUUUUGAAAGUGCAGCAUGGCAGCUUUUAGUUUAACUGUAAACAAAAUAUCUAAAUAAAAAUAAAAACAAAUAAAAAUAUUAGAAUAUAUGGUCCCUUUGAACUGAACAAAAAUCCUGUGCUUAAGUUCUGAUAAUUCUAAAGCGGUAAAAAUUCAGAGAGCUGAUGGAUUUCAGUGUUGUCCAUUUUGACGACUUUUGUCAUUUUGCACUUUACCAAAGUGAGCACUGUAGUUGGGUAGGCUGUGCACCUUAGCAAGACACCUGCGUUAUGCAUGGCAUGGGGGCUAUUUCUAAUACAUGUAGUGCAUCAUUUAGAGGGUGGUAGCUUUUCCUGUAUUUUUUAUAUUAAUAUCACGAUGUGGUUUAUAAAUUGAUGCGAUGUUAAAAUACCUACACAAAGUUUCUGUGGUAAAUAGAAUCUGACUUUUUUUCUGAGCACCGAGAGAGUUUUCACAUAGCACAGUUUGUUCGAUCCUUUAGUCACAGGAGACUCGUUAUGAAGCUGGCACUCAACCUAGACUGGUACCAUGUAUUAACCCCCAAUGUCACCUGUGGUUUUCUACAUGGGACAGUUGAUAUUGAAAUCUACUUCAUGACUAAAAGUUUGCAAAAUCAUUCAGCAGCUUUAAAAAAAAAUAAAAACCCCACAAAUACAAAAAAACAGGAAAACUAUGUUUGAAGAACUUUAACAGAAGUGUUGGUCCAGAGUUCCCUUCCACACAGUUUCAUUUUGCUGAGCAUGCUUACAGAAAAUGCAGGAAGGGAAUUAAGAAAUGUUAAUGGUGCUUAUGAAAUAAUAAAGCGCCUUGUAGAUUGUAAUACAGCAAGAACUUAUGUAAAAAGUGCAAACAAUGUAGUGUUCAAUUAAGUGUAGUACCCUGACUGCUAUUCAACUGCCAUCAAAGAGUAACAAGGCAGUGUAUAUAGCAACCAGGCUAAUUAAGAUAAGUAACACGUCUUAGAAAUAUUUUAAAGCUUAGUAAAACUGGUUUUGAAAUUUGGUCUUCGAAACACUUGCUUGUUUUCUCAAUAAUACUUGGCAGCAUGCUAAAACUGGUGACCAGCUUUUAAGUCUACUUGGUAGUUCUUGUGUGACUUGGUUAUCAUUGUGGAUGUAUCAAGAUGUGGUGGUAGCAAAGUACCAGUGCCUGGAGAAAGUAGGCACGUGGUCAUCGGAAGCAAAUGAAACAAAACGGCUGUGACAGAAAUUUGUUCUCCGUUGUUUCUCGGUUGUCACAGAAAGAAAGAAAAAAAUCUGUGAGUUUUAAGACGUUAGCUUUUUGAUAACAAAAGGAAGAUAGAAAAAAAAAAGAUGAAUUUGUGUAGCCUUUUGGCACAAGCGAGUUACUAAAGUGGUUUGUUGUUCACUCACAAGAGUGUGCAGUAUAAUUGUGUACCUAACUUUACAAUACCAUCCAUACACAAGUUAAAUGUACAUGUACUUAGCUGUAGAAUCUUGUAUAAUAUUAUGUACCGUUAUGCUGUAUAUGACUUAGUGUAGCAUAGCUAUGUCGUAUUUUACUAUGUGCAUUCAUCUUGUAACGGAGCCAGAAUUCUUGAGGAUUUAAAAAAAAAAAAAAAAAAAUCCACUGUUUUAAUGUACCAGUAAUAUCUAUAUUGAUAAUGGUUUAACACACUAAGUAGAACCACUUUUAGCUUAGAGACGUGUGUGCAUAUAUGCAGAGUUGUAUGAUAUUCUAAAAGCCCCAUUUGUUUGGUCUCUAUUUGCAUGUAGGGACCAGUGGACAAAUUGAAAGGUGUUUAUACUAUAUGAGUUUGCAAUUUAAAAUUUGCGAUUUGUUUUUUAAAACAGAGAUUGAGAAGAUGUGCUGUGUAGAUUAUAAGUAUUUUUUAUUACUCUUUUUGUCUUAAUUAUAUUUUAUUGCUGGUCUCUGCACUUGCCAAGCUAGGUUGAGGCUUAAGUAGAUGCAACAGUGAGGAUGUGUCCGAAACGGCGACUUCGGCUACAGCUACGGCUAGGACGUCUGCAUCUGCCUAUUCUUCAAUACUGGCACACGUGCUGAUCUAGCCGUAGCCGAACUCACCUGGUUUCUAUUGUGCAUAUUCUUGUAGUGUAAUAAAUUAACCAGAUUAGUUUUUACAAAGCUUUAAGUUAACCUGCAGACUUUAGGUGCAGAAGAACGUAUGUAAAAUUAAGUUAAGGAUUGAGAUUUUCCUCUCAAUCUGUCCCCUUCCCAUGAUGCAAUUGGGUGGGCUAUUUUUAGCCUCCCGUAAUGGGAAUGAAAGGAUGUUAAUUUUACAAUGCUCUUGUAUUAUACUGUGAUUUUUAUUACCUUUUAAAUUGAUCUUCGUUUUGUGACAUUCUAUCUUUGUUUAAUCCAGUUCUCCAUUCCCAAUUGUUUUUAAUUUUUUUUAUUUUAUUUUUUUAUAUUUUUUUUGGGGGAGGGAACUGAUGUUUGUUUUUAAUUUUAAUUUUAUGCAGCUUUUUGUCUUCUUCAUUCAUAUUCCUUGAAUUUGAGCAACCCAAAUUGUAGAUUUGGCAAAAUUGCUUUAAUGCAUACCAUCCAAGAAGCACUAAACGCCAAAGUGCCCCCAUAUAAUAAGCAUUUGAAUGAAAAUGAUUUGGGAGAAGUGUAAUUGAUUUUCUCAAAUUACUUUCAUUGUCUAGAAGGCGCCAUGAAAAUCAAAACAAAAACCAAAAUCAAGUUACCUUGUUUUAAUGAUGAGGUGAAUGGGGAAAGCUAUAACAACCUUAGACAAAUUGUUAAAACCAUAUCAAAACACACUCCAGUGAAAUGAGACAAGCUUUGAAUCAUAACGGAUUUCACUCUAGCCUAUAUAGCUACAUGUACAUCACCAUAUCUGUAUUAUUGUUAGGUUUUCUCACUAAACAGAUGUAUGUAAAGUUGCACUGUUUAAAGAAACACCAAAAUGUUACAGUAUUGUUUUAUGCAGAAUCCUCAUUUAAAUACCAUUAACCUUUUACAAGUUUUGGAAUUGUUAAAAUUCCUUUUGAACGGAUUCAUAAAUGCUUUAUGGAUAAUUAAACUAGUGUGAUAUCCCCAUUUAGCCUGGUUGAGGUAUGGUGGACAUGGCCAACAUGUUUAAAAAUGACUUAUAAAUGAAGUCGCUCUUAAAGUGAUUUGGUUUUGUCAGGAUAACUUAAUCAUUUUUAAAGUGGGUAAAAAUACAAAGUUGAUCUGUAUUGCAUGCUCUGAUGCUUAUAAAUUAUGGUUGAGCUGUAGAUAGUGAAUAUGAACGCUGGUCUAUGUUACUUGUACAUUUUUAAAAGUGGCGUUGAGUAAUUUGUUUAACUGAUUGGAAUGUAAAAGCUAUAGGGGAUUUAAAUCAAAGCUUACCAUUUUUUUUAAUCGAAUUUUCAAACCUGUACAAAUCACUUACUUCAAAGCUUGUAGAAAAAAAACUUUUGACUGGUUUUUCUUUCGAAUUAAUAUUUCUAUCAAAAUGAUAACGCUAAUUAUGCAGCUUUAAUAAAAGGCUAUUAAAUCAAUUUUAUUGUCACUUGUAGUUGUUGCAAAUCCAUUGUUAAUCAGUACUGUCAAAAAGGCUUUUUAUCUGGUGUUUAAAUAAAAUUAAAAUGUUGUUUAAAACACAAUUA